GCCUGCCCACCUCCCCCACCUUUCCUCUCUCUCACUUCCCCCGGCCACCAUUUCUCUGCCAUACCUCACUCUCCCACUCUCACUCAGUCCAUCUUCAAUACGUCUCACAUCACAUGUAGUUUGAAGAGAGUUGCAGUCAACUCAAUGAGCCAAUUGAGAUCCUGAAAUACACGCUCGAUAGGGCGCGUUGAGCAAGACCCUUAGUUGCCCGCAAAGGAUCUCCCCUCUCGUUCCCUUACCUCACCUCAUCAUCAACUUUAUUGCUUCCAAUUCCUUUCUUAAAUUCCAAUUCCAAAGGCUUUUACUCGCUCAAAAUCCCCCCCUUGUCUUCUCUUUCAACUUCAACUAGUAGUUACUACUCCUCCUCCUUCAAAAUCUUCCAAAAAACAUCCAUCCCAACACCAACAAAAACAGCGAAGUUUCCUUUCCUUUCCUUUUUCUUUACCCCCCUUUACUUUGAAGGGCAUGAUGAUCUUCAAAUGAAAGAGCGUCAACGUUGGCAACCAGAAGAAGACGCACUCCUCAAAGCCUAUGUUAAACAAUAUGGCCCUAAAGAAUGGAACCUUAUAUCCCAACGCAUGGGAAAAACUCUCAACCGUGAUCCAAAAUCUUGCCUGGAACGUUGGAAAAACUAUCUCAAACCUGGCAUCAAGAAAGGGUCUUUGACCCCUGAAGAGCAAUCCCUAGUCAUCUCCCUCCAAGCCAAGUACGGAAACAAGUGGAAGAAAAUAGCCAGCGAAGUCCCUGGCCGUACGGCCAAACGACUUGGCAAGUGGUGGGAGGUUUUCAAAGAAAAACAGCUCAAACAAUUACAGAAGAAACAAGGCAGGAAAGAAUUUUCCCCCGAAGGUAAUAGUAAUAUUCCAGUUGUAUCUUCGUCUCCAGGUCAAUACGAUCACAUUCUCGAAACUUUUGCUGAAAAAUACGUUCAACCAAAUAACAAGUUUCUUGCUUAUUCAACCAUGAACUUAUCUCCCAUUAUGCCUCCCAUCAUUUCCCUUCCUGACCCAGACCCGGUUCUCUCACUCGGGUCGGGAAGUUCAGGGACUGCCACGACGUCUUCUUCAGUUGUUUUGCCACUCUGGAUGAAUCACACAACUUCUUCAUUGUCUUCUUCAACUUCAUCAACCACCCCAUCUCCGUCCGUAAGCUUAUCGCUUUCGCCAGGAGAGCCUGGUCUUGACCCAGACUUGGCCCGAUUUGUUCCGGGUCAAGUUGGUACCUUGGUGCAAUGCUGUAAGGAGUUGGAGGAAGGGAGGCAAAGCUGGAUGCAGCAUAAGAAGGAAGCAACGUGGAGGCUGAGCAGGUUGGAGCAGCAGCUGGAGUCGGAGAAGGCAAGGAAAAGGAGAGAAAAAAUGGAGGAGAUAGAGGCAAAGAUAAGGUGCUUGAGAGAAGAGGAGACGGCGUUUCUUGGGAGGAUUGAGAGUGAGUAUAAAGAGCAGCUGAAUGUUUUGCAAAGAGAUGCUGAGACCAAAGAUGCUAAGCUAAUGGAAGCUUGGUGUAGUAAGCAUGUUAAGUUGGCUAAGCUUGUGGAACAGAUUGGGUUCAGUACUCAAUCUCUCCCUUGAGUUUUACUAUUUGUCUUACAUUAAAUAUCUUGUUUAUGAUAUGAUCAUAUGCUUUCAAGUAUUCCUAGUUUUAGUUUUGGCGUUGGUGUUCUUAUUAUUUAUCUGUGUUGAAUCUUUGAAAAAUGGUGGUCUUAAUUUUAUUAUAUAUUGAUGAAGUUUAAGUUCCAUGAAA